AUGAAUCCAUUUCCAAGCUUGUUAGAUAACUGUCUAAUUGACACCAAGCAUGUAGAGUGUGCCGCAAUACUCGUUUCUAGAAGUGGCGACAUAACGGCUGCGUCCAAAAACUUUACACUCUCUCCAGAAGAAGCACAAAUGUUUGUAGACGCGUUUAAUCAUGUGAAUAUAACUAGACAGAGAGGAUUAAGCUUCCAGAACAAACUAUACAACUGUGUGCGGGCUGACAAACUCUCAAUAUACUCCAAAUAUGAAGGACAUGGCUUGAUAUUGGCGAGAACGUCACUGUAUGUGAUAAUUGCCACAUACUCAAGGAGUAUGUAUCCAAGUAUCUGCGUGGAAGCAGUUGAGAAACUAGCGGACUAUCUGCGUGAAAAGGAAAAAUGA